CUAUCCCACAACGCCUUGCGCUCUUGCAGUGCACAAGACAAGAUGGCGCAGGUCUGGCGAGCAGCACGGAAGAUUCCAAAACCGCAUUCUCUGAUGGUCAGAACAAUCUCAGUUUCGUCCAGCAAACAAACAUACAAGUACAUCUCAAGAGAGGCACAUGAGAUACCAAUGGAUUGGCAUAGUUCCACCGAGAGGAAUGCACAGACACUUUUCCUUACAGAGUUGUUGCGAGGUUUUCAAAUGACAUUGAGCAAGUUCUUCCAGGAACCAGCAACAAUUAAUUAUCCAUUUGAGAAGGGCCCCUUAAGCCCUCGUUUCAGAGGGGAGCAUGCCUUGAGGAGAUACCCAUCUGGAGAAGAGAGGUGUAUUGCUUGCAAAUUAUGUGAAGCCAUCUGUCCUGCCCAGGCAAUUACCAUUGAGGCAGAGCCUAGAGCUGAUGGCAGUCGUCGAACAACACGCUAUGACAUUGACAUGACAAAAUGCAUCUAUUGUGGGUUUUGUCAGGAAGCCUGUCCAGUCGAUGCUAUUGUGGAGGGUCCCAACUUUGAGUUUGCUACUGAGACACAUCAAGAGUUACUAUACAACAAAGAGAAACUUCUUAAUAAUGGUGACCGAUGGGAGGCUGAAAUAGCAGGCAAUCUUCAAGCAGAUUUUCUUUACAGAUAAAACAUGAAGCUACUUGACAGCUGAUUCCCAACUUUGUAAAAAAAAAAAACAACAACAACAAAACAUUCUAGCCCCUGGAAACAAAAGUACAUAAUAUGCUCAAUGAGUAAUGGCAAAUUAUAUUUAGCAGAAGAGGUGCCUUACAAAUAGCAUCACUUAAGUGCAUAAAAGUUGUUUUUGCAUUGUGGGCUGGAAUGUUACACUGAUAAGCAUUCUUAAGCGGAUACUCUGAUGGUUAUUUUAAUUGAGGUGUUUGUAAAAGCAGUGUAGUUUUGAAUGUGCAGCACUUACAAUUCAUGUGAAAUAAUUAAAGACUGUUUGUUGAUUUA